CACAGUUAGUGCCGGGCAAGGACAUAACUUCAUUUUUAACCAGUAACUUUUUAGGACACUGAGGCACUUUUGUAACUGCUGGAGAAGUUACUACAGACGGGACAAUGGCAGGACUAAAGUACAUGAGUGGUUUUGGGAACGAGUUCUCCUCUGAAGACCCUCGCUGUCCCGGAGCCUUACCUGAAGGACAGAACAACCCUCAGGUCUGUCCGUAUGGCCUCUAUGCUGAGCAGCUGUCCGGCUCCGCCUUCACCUGCCCACGGCCAGCCAAUAAGAGGAGCUGGCUCUACCGCAUCUUGCCAUCCGUCAAACACAAGCCCUUCACCCCAAUGCCCUGUGGCCACCUAACAGAGAACUGGAACGAAGCGGAGCCUGAUCCCAACCAGAUGCGAUGGCUGCCAUUCACCAUCCCUAAAUCCUCAGGGGCAAAAGUGGACUUUGUAGCUGGGCUGCACACUAUCUGCGGUGCCGGGGACGCUAAAUCUCGCAAUGGGAUUGGAAUUCAUGUAUACACCUGCAAUACCUCCAUGGUAGACAGGUGUUUCAACAACUCAGACGGAGACUUUCUGAUUGUUCCCCAGCAGGGUGAGAUCCUGAUCACCACAGAGUUUGGAAAGAUGAUGGUUGAGCCCAACGAGAUCUGUGUCAUCCAGCAAGGGAUGCGGUUCAGUGUGGAUGUGUUUGGAGAAACCAGAGGCUAUAUACUGGAGGUGUACGGUGCCCAUUUUGAGCUCCCUGACCUUGGACCCAUAGGAGCCAAUGGCCUGGCUAACCCAAGAGACUUCCUGUGUCCAGUUGCAUGGUAUGAGGAUCGCAAAGUGGCCACAGGUUACACCGUCAUCAACAAGUACCAAGGAAAGCUCUUCGCCUGCCAACAGGAUUUCUCUCCCUUCAAUGUGGUAGCCUGGCACGGGAAUUACACACCAUAUAAAUACAACCUGGAGAACUUCAUGGUCAUCAACUGUGUGGCCUUUGAUCACGCGGAUCCCUCCAUCUUCACUGUGCUGACUGCCAAAUCCACGCGGCCAGGUGUGGCCAUCGCCGACUUUGUCAUAUUCCCCCCACGCUGGGGCGUAGCUGACCACACCUUCCGCCCACCGUACUAUCACCGGAACUGCAUGAGUGAGUUCAUGGGCCUGAUCAAAGGCCACUAUGAAGCCAAAGAGGAGGGUUUCCAGCCAGGAGGGGGCAGCCUGCACAGCAUAAUGACCCCGCACGGCCCCGACGCUGACUGCUUCGAGAAGAACAGCACGGCCAGUCUCAAACCUGAGAGGGUGGCUGAGGGAACCAUGGCUUUUAUGUUUGAGUCAUCCUUCAGCAUGGCAGUGACCAAGUGGGGUCUGGAAACUUGCCAGAGGCUGGACAAGAGUUACUACCAGUGCUGGGAACCUCUCCGCAGUCACUUCAACCCCAAGUGGAAGCCCAGCAAACAGUAGAAACUCAGAAUUAUUAAGCUGUACCAGAGAGGCAGCAAUCCUGUACGUGGUGGUCCAUAACAUUGGGUUCUCAUAACUAGUUACACUCUAAUAACAAUAAAAUAAAUCA